AUGGGCUACCAGGGGCAGCUGCCAGUCACCCCGUCACAGAGAGAUCGAGAUGACAGAGAAACCCUCGUUUCUGAACAUAAUCAUAAAGGGAAAACUUGUCGUCAGUCUGCUGCUGUUUUUAAUGUUGUCAACUCCAUCAUAGGAUCUGGUAUCAUUGGAUUGCCUUAUUCAAUGAACCAAGCUGGCUUUCCUCUGGGAAUAUUGCUUUUAUUCUGGGUUUCAUAUGUUACAGACUUUUCCCUUGUUUUAUUGAUAAAAGGAGGGGCCCUUUCUGGAACAGACACUUACCAAUCUUUGGUCAAUAAAACCUUUGGGUUUCCAGGGUAUUUCCUCCUCUCUGUUCUACAGUUUUUGUAUCCUUUUAUAGCAAUGAUAAGUUACAACAUAAUAACUGGAGAUACUUUGAGCAAAGUUUUUCAAAGACUCCCAGGAGUUGAUCCUGAUAACUUGUUUAUUGGUCGCCGCUUCGUUAUUGUGCUUUCCACAGCUGUCUUUAACCUGCCUUUAUCGUUGUACCGAGACAUAGCGAAGCUUGGAAAGAUAUCCCUUAUUUCUACAGUUUUAACAACUCUGAUUCUUGGAAUUGUAAUGGCAAGGGUAGUUUCACUGGGCCCACACAUACCCAAAACAGAAGAUGCCUGGGUAUUUGCAAAGUCCAAUGCCAUUCAGGCUGUUGGUGUUAUGUCAUUUGCGUUUAUUUGCCAUCAUAAUUGCUUCUUGGUUUAUGGUUCUUUGGAAGAACCUACAGUAGCUAAGUGGUCCCGUAUCAUCCAUGUGUCAGUCUUGGUUUCUGUACUGAUCAGUAUGCUAUUUGCUACCUGUGGAUACUUGACAUUUACUGGCUUCACACAAGGAGACUUAUUUGAAAAUUAUUGCAGAAAUGAUGACCUGGUAACAUUUGGAAGGUUUUGUUAUGGAGUCACUGUCAUUUUGACAUACCCAAUCGAAUGCUUUGUGACUAGAGAGGUAAUUGCCAAUGUGUUUUUCGGUGGGAACCUUUCUACAGUUUUCCACAUUGUUGUAACAGUGGUUAUCAUUAUUGUAGCCACACUUGUGUCAUUGCUGAUCGACUGCCUUGGAAUAGUUUUAGAGCUCAAUGGUGUGCUCUGUGCAGCUCCUCUGAUUUUUAUCAUCCCGUCAGCAUGUUAUCUAAAGCUGUCUGAAGAGCCAAGGACACACUCAGAUAAGAUUAUGUCCUGUGUCAUGCUUCUUAUUGGUGCUGUGGUGAUGGUUGUUGGAUUCGUCAUGGCCCUCACGCAUCCUCAGGAUUGCACCCACGGGCAGGAAAUGUUCUACUGCUUUCCUGACAACUUCUCCCUUACAAACAUCUCAGUUUCUCAUUUUCAACUGACAACACAACUUCCAAUUUUAAACAUCAGUAUCUUUCAAUAAGC